AACUGCAGGUUUUAUACGUGGUCAUUUUAUACCAGUUGCUGUUUUUGGUGGCUCCCCACUUUUGCUUUAUAAAGAGGCUGACCCCACCGCCAAUUGCCAGUCCAUAGUCAGUGGUGGAACACGAUCAGAUUUGUUUAGAAAAAAUCACAAUGAAGGCAGUGACGCUCGUUGUUUUUGCGGUGGUGCUGGUGGCGGUGUCGGCCAGGCCUGACAAGCCCGACCUGAAGCAACUCAAGGCUGACGCGGCCCGCAAGAAGGCCUGCAUGCAGGACUGCACCAGCGCGAAAUUCGACCCUGUCUGCGCGGGCAAGGACGGAGAGAAGCCCAAGUCUUUCGGCAGCGAGUGCGUCAUGAACAACUACAACUGCGAGCACAAAGAAACCCUGCAUAAGAUCAAGAAGGGAGAGUGUCCCGGCUCCGACGGCAUCCGCCUAUCUUAAAUAUUUUAACUACCCUACUUAAAGUAUCGCUGUAACCUUGUUACACUUUAUGUUUAAUUACCUAUUUACUUAUAAUUAGAGUUAAGAGUUUAAGACAGCAAACUUAUAUUGCUUUGCAGCCACACUUUUCAAAGGAGCUGUGAUGAAUUAGCGCGUAUUUGAGCUUUUUUUAGUUUCAUCAUCAACAGUAUCAUCGUAGUGUUUUGCAUUUAAGCAUUUUAUUUUAUCAUCUUGUUUUUUAUCGUUUUGUUUAUCAUCACUUUAUUGAUACGUAUUUCGUUUUGUGCUUAUUAGAACAUUUGAGUUUAGUGCAGUUUUUUUAUGUUUGUUUUAGUUGUUUAUUGUGCUGACACGGCUUAACCAUUGUUAUUAUUAGUCUCGAUUGUGCACAGAGAGGGUUUCCGAGGACAAAGUGAUUUUAGUUCUUAGUUCUUAGAUAUAACUAUUUGUGCUUUUCUUGUAAUAGCAUUUAUGAAAUCUUGUAUACUUUUGGCGUCAUUUUCAUUUCUUGGCCAGAUAAGUAAAUAAGAUCGGAUUUAGAAAUGGUGUAAAGUCCGUAAAAAAAGAUACGUCUCUAAGCUGUAUGGUAUCAGAGAUAUGUUAGAGGUUUCAAUUUCGUUCUUAUCAGGUUCUAAGUCACAAUUAGGUUAUAGGUUAGGUUAGGCAUGUCGGAAGGCCAUAAUAAGUAUAUCCUGAACGUCGUUUCUAACCUUUGGGUUUGUCUAUCGCUGUCACUUUUGCCCGCAUCUCUUUGAGUGAGGGACUUAUAGGAUUUCGUGCUGCUAUUUGAACAAAACUGCGUACCGGAAAACGCAGCGUGGGACGUCCACCUACAAGGUGGACCGACGACAUCGUAAAGGUAGCAAGGAAGCGCUGGACGCAGGCCGCUACCAAUCGAUCAACAUGGAAAGCAUUGAAGGAGGCCUAUGUUCAGCAUUGGACGUCCUAUGACUGAAAUGAUGAUGAUGAUGAUGAUGAUUUGAACAAAACGUUUAAAACCGCCUGAUAAGAUCGAAUAGUUACCUUUAAUACUAGUCUAAUCUCUAAUGAUCAUCAUCAUGAUUAUAGCCAUAAAAACAAUAACCCAGCUGUUUCUAGCUGAGCCUCUUCAGCUUUCAUUUUUUUCUUUCGGACUUAUUAUCUUUAACCAUACAAAUUCAAUGGAACAAAUAAGUACCUACUGGUA